CAAUACUCUUCUGCCAAUACGCAGCAAGCAACUUUCAUUGCCAGACAAGCUUGAUACUUUUCACAAACAGCAUCUUUCAAACACUAAUUCCCACCAAUCAAUCAUCAUGCCUCCCAAGAAGAGUGCCGACCAAGAUGGCUCCCCUAUCGGCCUCACUGAUGGCGAGCUCCGAUUCAUCAAGGCCAUCUUCGACAACAUGACUCAAAAGCCCGAUGCCGACUGGGAUGCCGUUGCCAACACCGUCAGUCUGAAGGAUGCCAAGUGUGCCAAAGAGCGCUUCCGUCAGAUGUCCGUCCGUCAUGGCUGGCGUAGCGAUGGUGCUGGAUCUGGUCCCAGUCCUCGCAAGUCCUCCGCUUCGACUUCCAGUCCUCGCCAGUCUCCUGCUGCUGUCAGGAAGUCCAGGAAGACCAACACUACUCGAAGCCCCUCCAAGAAGUCUAUCAAGAAGGUCGAUGAGGAUGACGAAGAUGUCAAGGAGGAGGCUCAGUCUGAGGAGAAGAAGGAGAUGAAGGCUGAGGUUGAGGAUGAUGACACCAACUAAUGGAUGAAUUGAUGGGAGUGAAGACACCGUAUUGUCGACUACGCUUGGAAGAUUCAUGAGGGCCUCAUACCAAGUCUAGGGGUAAUACUGAAAGGAUCUGGCUAGUCAAUAUCUGGAGGUACCACUGAAAUGAAAUUGAGACAUUGAGAC